UUUUAUUCGUAUCAAUUAACAUACUUAACGCAUUUUUUUUUUACUUUCAACGUACAAUGUGAAACCCCAACUAAAACUCGCUUUCAUGCUUUCUUUCGUUCGUUGUACCACAUUUGUCACCUAUCAUGAAAAAUGAUUACAGCAAUAAUUUAUUCUUUUAUAACAAAGUCAUUCUGUUUUCAAAACGUUUAUCAUUAACCUUGAUACUGUUUCAUGCAGAACGACUGGUCGAAACAUUUUUUUUUAGACUUUGACCUUUUUUAUGUAGACACGCGAAUGCAACACACGUCGUGAAGUGAAAAAGACUGCACAGUUUUCUCUCAGCCGCUUGAGGGAAAAUCCCUUUGGUUCUGUGAACAGUUUUGCAGUCCGUUAUAUAACAUUAGCCGGCACUUACACAUUAUUGUCCCUGAUUGAUCUGGGUGUACCUGGGUGAUCACAUUGGUGAACCAAACGCCGUGAUUCAGUGAAGCAAAACAAGCAACAAGUGCCUGUUGUUGUAACUAAACUCCACCAAGCGGAUGGAUGCUGUUAUGAACUGCAAACCAGAGGACUUGGAGGAUUACUACGGGUUAUUGGGCUGCGAUGAACUGUCGUCGACUGAACAGAUUAUCAAUGAAUACAAGAUCCGGGCCUUGAUGUGCCACCCAGACAAACACCAAGACAACCCAAGAGCAGUGGCAGAAUUCCAGAAACUGCAAGAAGCCAAAGAGGUUUUAUGUAAUGAAACCAAAAGGAAAAAUUAUGACUUGUGGAAAAGAAGUGGUUUCACCAUUCCUUUCCAGGACUGGCAAGCCAUGAACGACUCUGUAAAAACUUCAUUGCACUGGGCUGUGAGAAAUAAGAAGGAACCAAUGCUGGAGGCCUCAAAGACAGAAGACCCAGCCACUUCCCAAGCAGAGGACCUUCAGUGUGAAAAGAAUGAACCAGGGAUCUCUUCAUGUGAUGCUAUGCCAUCAUCAAGUGACCACUGCCACCUGCGUUUCCGCUGGGCUGCUGACUCUCCAUCUAGUCUACUGCAGAAGUUCAGAAAUUAUGAAAUCUAAAUCAUCCAUCAGGAAUUCAGAUUUGUUUAUGUUUGUGUUUUUUGCCUUGUUGUUAACUGUGAGUAUAGUCUCCCUGUAAUGCACAUAAAUGUCCCGUUAGAAGCUGCAAACUUCAGAUGUGUCUGCUCACUUGGAGAAUGCUUUGUCUAACAAAAAACAACAUUGAAGUAUGUGAAUAAUGUACGGUAUGUGUUACCAUUUGUCCUACUCUGUCAAGUAUGCUCUUGUACAGUGGAGAUAUGGUUAUGCCUGAUAUUGAAGUACCUCUAAUGCUAAUGUGUAUUGUUGUGUUGUAGACAAAUUCAUUAUGUCAGGAUAUAAUUACCUUGGGUGUAUGGUGUAAUAGCUUCAUGGAGAUAUAAAAACAUUAUUGUUCAUGGUGUUACAUGUCCAGGUUGGCUCCUGUUGUGCAUGACUUCUAUCUCUGUAACAUUACUCUGUCUUUGUUUGGGUGGGACUAGGUCUUAUCAGAAGUAACUCAUACCAAUACAGAAAGUACUUCAUGA